UGCUAAUUUCAUUCGACUGGUUAGUAUCACCGAACCACAAGUGAAAAUUUUCCCUUUUUGUUAUUUAAACCAAACAUACCAAAUUCGCCGCAUAUCGCCCGGCCAUGGGGUCUCGCAGAAGCUAUCUCCCCCUUAGCUCAAUGCAAUCGGACAGUGACAGCACUUCGCUUUCUGAAGUGGAAGACAACUGGAGUGAUAAAAGAACUUCUUUUAUCACAACUGGAUCGUUGAGCCAUCGUUUACAGAAUAACUCGAAUAAACACGUUUCCAGAAAGCAUCUAGACCACACAAUUAUUGGUCACAAAUCAGACCACUACCCAAAACAAGCCAAACUUAUUUGUGAUCAUUCUUCAGCAGUGAGAUCUGAAGAUGUGUCCGAUGCUACUGCAACUCCCUCCAAAGCCCAAGUUCGCCGAAAAAACCCUUCUAAAAUGAUAACAGGCACGAUCGGAGGGAUAAGAUAUGUUCUCCCAUAUGAGACUAUCGAAGAUUACGAUUCUGAUACGAAAGCUCCCCCUGCGGAAGGUCAGGAACAAUGGGCGAUCGAGUCGACGAGCAAUUCGGUCGAAACGGAAACUGUUAUGCGAAAGAAAACUCUUUGUGGUGAUUUUUCAUUCGUAAAAGUGAACGAGCCGACAUCUGAAUCCGACAAGAAAACAUCUGAGCGUUCUGAGAUUAUGAAUAAGACCACAGUACAAUCAGAGAGCGACUGUGUCAAAUUAGAAGUCAAAUCUGCUAAACUGCUCAAGAUACAACGCAUGCCUGUUCAUUGUCCCAUUACCGGUUGCCAGGAGCAGGUUUGUUCUUCCUUUUUUUCCUCGCACCUGAAGAGGGAUCAUUCCCAAAUACUGCGAAGAUUUCUUGAUCCCGGACAGACACAUACGGUUCUCGUUGAUCCGGCAAUUGAAGAGUAUGGCGUUUGUCACUGUAAUGCUGUCCAUUACUUGGGCAGUAAGUUGCGAAAUUUUGGUAGUAGUGAAUUCAAAGACCAUCUACCGGUGCUUUUGAUGUCCACGAAAUUCAAUUUUAUCGAUUUGGAUCUGGCUGACCAGGAGCAGACUGAUAGGCAGCAGUACAUGUUCUGGUUGACAGGGAUCGUGUCGGACUAUUUGAAGACCGAGUACACCCUGACCGUUGGCUCGUUCAAAUGCCAGAGAGGUUUCAUUCACCCGCUCGGGCAACCGCAGGGUAUCGAAAGUGUCUAUCGAUCUGGAGCUGGUGUGAUCGUAUCGCAGCAAGAGGUCGGUCGGUUGUUGAACCAGAAGGAUAAACUUUUGCGGUUGAGGGUAUCUCUGAAAUAGGAAGCAAAAUUUUUUGUGCGAUAUAUUUUUAUUUUAUAUAAGAGGCUAUACAUUAUAC